AUGGUUUGGGGAUGGGGCGGAGAUAACGGAACUGAAAGUGCUCCCCUUGCCAGAAUGGACAUCUGUCAAUGUCAACUAGUCUGUAGGAGUUUUGAGACAGGGUUCAAAUCGUGUUGAAAGUGUGAAAAGGAGUGCGUCGCGAUGGAUAAGUUCAAGGUUGUCAUGAACCUUGUCCAAAAACGGCAAACCAGCCUUGGAUUUGGUCUGAUUCCGUUAUUGACUGGAGGCGCAGAGCAAAUUUUUUCGACGUUUGCCUUCAAGUGCCCUUGCAGCGACUGGAGUUUUGCGUAUGGAGCAGUGUCUCUUCUUGUACCUGCCGCAGCUUUGCUCAUACUCGGCUACAUGCUGAGUAACAAGACCUGGAAACUAUUCACUGGCCUCUGUCUGAGGAGGUCGAAACUUUUCCGCCUCAAUUACAUAUGUGGAUGCCUCAACGUUUUUCUUCAGAUCACAUCAGUCGCUAUGAUUGCACCUGUCUCUUGGGUAGCCAUAUCUCUCCUCAACGGAGUUUAUUUUGAAUGUAUGGUUACUGGAUUCAACGUGACUGCGAGACACCUGUGUCAGGUGUCAGAGAGGUCGCACAGCUGCCAGGUCGAGCUUCACAAGUUGCCCUGCGAUAAAACGUCGAUUCCGCCGGCUGAAAGAGACGCUAUCCUGAAAACCAUACGCGCACAGUCUCAGGUACUAGGUUGGCUCCUGAUCGCCUCCAUCAUGUUUUCCUCUCUGCUGCUCACCUGCGUGGCUAGGUGCCAGUCCCCCGUCAGCUACAUGAGGCUCAAGUUCUGGAAGGAUUACGCCAAGGAGGAAAAUUACUUUUUCAACAGCUACGCAGCUGUGCAUGCCAAGAAGCUCGCCGAGAGGAACAUCAAGAGUUUCUUUGAGAUGACCACGCCAGAGCCUCAGUCCACCCCACCGAGGCAGGCCUGGGAAAAGAUCUCCAAGUUCUACAGGUUUGACACCAUGGAUAAGUACUAUAGCACAGUGCACAAGUACGUGGAGACCUGCAAGAACCCCAAGGACCCAGCAAGGGCCGUCUCCGUCAAGUCAAGUGUCACAGAUCUCUCCAACCCGGCAGCCUUGGCCUUUGUGGAUGAGGGCACCAUGAUGCUGUGAGUAGGGCUGCUGUGACGGCAUCAGGUCGGGCUUGGGACAAAGUCAUAUGAUUCCCAAUAAUGAGAAUGCAAUUCUGCACCCGCCCCUCUCCUUGGGCCCAGGACAA